AAAGAUAAAAACUAGUUUCAAAUGUUGAAAAUGUUUCACUUGUUGCAAAUGUAUUUCGGUGGUCGAUUGCACCUUUUCAUGUCGUCAUCAAAAAGUGACGAUAUUCCCCGGAAAUAAGGAGAGUUUCAUUAUUUUUUUGCAGAACUGCGUUGAUUGCUGGAAAGAAACAUGUCUGGCAGUUUCUAUUACGUCAUGGUUGGUCAUCAUGACAACCCAGUCUUUGAAAUGGAGUUCUUGCCUGCUGGUAAAGCUGAGUCAAAGGAUGACCACCGGCAUCUGAACCAGUUCAUUGCACAUGCAGCUCUCGACUUGGUGGAUGAAAACAUGUGGCUGUCUAACAACAUGUACCUGAAGACUGUGGACAAGUUCAACGAGUGGUUUGUCUCUGCGUUUGUCACCGCAGGACAUAUGAGAUUCAUCAUGCUUCAUGAUGUACGACAAGAAGACGGAAUCAAAAACUUCUUUAAUGAUGUGUAUGAUUUAUACAUUAAGUUUGCAAUGAAUCCUUUUUAUGAAACCAAUGCUCCAAUCCGGUCGACGGCAUUUGACAGAAAAGUGCAGUUCCUUGGAAAGAAGCACCUCUUGAGCUAAUGAACCAACCUGAGUUCUGCACCUUUUUUCAUUUUCUUCAUUGUGUUUGUCAUACACACAUCAUUGGUCUACGAUCACCUGUUGGUCGUGUUUUGAUAAAUUCACUCUUACUUUCUUUAUUCUUACCAACCACAGUAUAAAAGAUAGCAUUGGGAAGUGUUUUAUAAUGAAUUAAUGGCAUGUGUGAGUGUCACCAACAUUUUGUUGCCUAGUUUGAUAGUGACAUGGUCUCUGAGGUCUAGUUUGAUAACAGUGACAUGAUCUCCGAGGUCUAGUUUGAUAAUAGUGACAUGGUCUCUGAGGUCUAGUUUGAUAACAGUGACAUGGUCUCUGAGGUCUAGUUUGAUAACAGUGACAUGGUCUCUGAGGUCUAGUUUGAUAACAGUGACAUGGUCUCUGAGGUCUAGUUUGAUAAUAGUGACAUGGUCUGUAUGAGCUAGACCUUGAAUGAGCGUGGUUAAAACAUGUAUAUUUAAUUUCUGAUGUUUGUGAAAUGUUCUAUGUCUUACUGUCCAGAUUCUCUCAUCAAAACACUUUCCAAAUAAUUCACUAGCGUGCAUGUGUGUGCCUUUGCCAUACAAAGUAAUGGCAGAACAUUUCACUAAUCAUUAAGCAAGUACAAAGACAAACACUCACAUUCUGCGUGUAAAAUAGAGCCUGUAUAUAUGCAGUAAUAUUCACCACACCAGAAAACAUUUCCCAAAUGACUUACUGCUGAAGUCUAACUCUUAACUGAUAUCUUUUUCACAUUUUAACAAAGUGUUUUUCCCCCCUGUAACAGUGGAGACUACAAACAAACGUCUUUAGGAAAGAUCAUUCAUUCAAGGACUGUUUUUAUUCAAAUAGCAUUGGACAACACUGCUAUAGCAAAAUGAUAAAAAAUGAGCAAAGAAAACUGUUCUCAACACUCUAUUUUGUGAGGAUGUACAAUACUGUAAAAUCAAUAAGCAAUGAUUGUUGAAAUCAAAUGUUACUAUUAAAACUAUACUCGUGCGUAAGAAAAUGAAAUUGAUCUCCAUAAAUGUAAAGAACAUUUAACAUACAUGUUAGAUUAAUUAAGAUGCCCAUAGAAACAAAAACAUGGACAGGUACAUACAUUAAACAUGGUUUAGCAUAUCCACCACCAUGACCAAGUUCAUAAUGUAUCACCCAUCUGUUAAUUACAAUUAGCCAAGAUAUCAGAACACUGAGAUUCUGGAAUGGUAAGAACAAGGUUAUGUACUACCUUAUAAUUGGUAGAGAGCAGAAUGUCAUGCAGCAUAAGAACUCUGCUUUAUUCUUUUCAUAUUUAGAAUUUCAGCUCGUCCUGUGCAAGUGUUGAACAUUGUGUUCAUUGUAUAAUGAUAACUCAUUCAUUACGGUACGUUGUGCAGAUAUCGCAAGGCCAGCAAAUUCAGCUACCAGCACCAAUAAUAUUAUAGUGUAAGAAAUCAUAAACCUUCAUUUCUGCUUAGAUUUCCCACUCUCUGUACUAUAAAGUAGUGAUGCUAGAUUAGUGCUUUAACUUUUUCAAAUUAAGAUUGCAUAAAUUACUCUGCUUUGUAUAAACAUUUAAACAUUUGUUGUAAUAAAUAUUAAUAUAUUA